AUGAUGAAUAAAUUAAUGUGGUUGUGCUUUUUAUUACAAUUGUGGUGUAUAAUAUGUGCGUCUCAAAAAACAGAUUUAGACUCAUCUAUAAAUUUAGAAAUACUUCAUAUAUUUCGUAAUUGGAUUACACGCAGUAUCGGUAUGAAUGAAAGAUUUGUAGCGCAGUUUGAAGGAAAAACUCAAGAAGAAAUUUCAGCAGACAUUCCAUUUCCUUGUAAUUUGACAGACAGUAGAUCUUCUAUUGUUCCUAAUUCAGUUCAUCAUUUGAGACCAGGAGACAUAGAUGUUAUUGCUGCGAUGGGUGAUUCUUUGACAGCUGGCGUUGGAAUUUUUGCAACUAAUUUAAUAGAAUUAUCUAUUGAAAAUAGAGGCGCAUCAUUUAGUAUUGGUGGUGAAGGAACUUGGCGAACAUAUUUAACACUUCCGAAUAUCUUCAAAGAAUUCAAUCCCAAAUUAAUAGGCUAUGCACUUAAAGAUGGUCAAACUUCUGAAUUAUUUGCAUCGCAAUUAAACGUUGCUGAGAUUGGUGCAAUAUCUAGAGAUAUACCAUUCAUGGCAAAAUAUUUAAUCAUUAGAAUGAGACAUGAUACAAGAAUAGAUAUUAACAAACAUUGGAAGUUCAUUUCAUUGAUGAUAGGAGCCAAUGACUUUUGUAUUAAUAUAUGUGCAGUUUCUUCUCCAUGGUCCAUUUUAGAAAAGCACAGAAUCGAUUUAAUUAAUACUUUUCGAAUAUUAAGAGAUAAUUUACCACGUACUUUGGUAUCCCUUAUAAUAAUGCCGAAUUUGAAGGAGAGUAUUCUUGCCUCUGAAAAAGGAAAUUCAUUGAAAUGCUAUAUAAUGUCCAUUUUACAAUGUCCAUGCUUACAUGCUUUACAAUUCCGAAAUCAGAGAAAGGAAUAUUUUGAAAUAAUGAAGAGAUGGCAAAAAAUAGAAGAAGAAGUUGCCAAUUAUUCAGAAUUUAACAGAAAUGACUUUACUGUUAUUGUUUCACCAGGCAUUAGUAAUUCUAAGAUUCCGCUUACUAAGAAUGGAUUUAUUGAUUUAUCUUAUCUUUCUGCAGAUUGUUUCCACAUAAGUCAAAAAAGUAAUGCAUUAAGUGCAAAUAGUUUAUGGAAUAAUCUGUUACAACCAAUUGGUAACAAGACUACUUUUUGGACUUCAUUAUUUAAAUCAUUUUUAUGUCCUACUUCCAAAAGGCCAUAUUUGAUUACACGUGAAAAUUCAUAAGAAAAUAAA